AUGGUGAAGUGGGCCGUGGAAUUAGGGAAAUAUGAGGUGGAUUAUGAGCCGAUGAUGGCUAUCAAGGCCCAAGCCCUUGUGGAUUUCAUUCAAGAAACUACUCGUCACCCUGUGCAAGAGUUUUGGGUGGCUUUCGUGGAUGGAUCGGUUACAAAAGAGGGAUGUGGGAUCGGAGUGUAUAUCAUCUCUCCAGGAUCAGAGGUAUACCAAUUCGCUAUCAAAUUCACUUGUAAGAUGUCCAACAAUGAAGCCGAGUAUGAGGCCGUGGUCAGAGCAGCACACAUUUUGUCAGAGUUGCGGGCGGAGUGUGUCAUCAUCAGAAUCGACUCACAAUUGGUGGCCCAACAAUUUUCGGGAGGAUAUCAUAUCAAAGAGGAUCGGAUGCGGGCAUACCAUUGUAAGAUUACUGAACUGAAGAAAAAAUUUAUAGAAUUCAGAAUAGAACAGAUCUCUCGAGAAGAGAACACUCGGACAGAUUUACUGGCACGAGUCGCUAGUGCAGUGGAACAAAUGUGGAACGAUGAGAUCACGCUGCUCUGCGACACCAGAGAAAUGGGGAAUUCUCAGGUUUUUGCGGUGGAAAUUCGGGACGAUUGGCGGGCUCCAAUUAUACAUUUUCUCAGAACAGGGGAACGACUGAACAGAAAGUCCAAUCAGAGGGCUCGAUACGAGAAUUAUUGCUUGAUCAAUGAUCAACACUACAAGCGUUCCUUCACCCAUCCCUUACUGAAAUGUUUAUCUCCUGAGGAGGCUAACUUUGCUCUGACAAAAAUUCAUGCAGGGUUUUAUUGGCCAACCAUCACUAAUGACGCCAGAGAAUUCGUCCGCAAAUGUGAAGCUUGUCAGAGGCAUGCUGGCAAGAUCAUUAUUCCAGGGGAGACUAUGGGAGUAAUGUAUGCUGCUUGCCCAUUUGACAAAUGGGGCAUAGAUAUCAUCGGGAAAUUACCUACGGCACCAGGAGGCAAAUGCUUUCUCAUCGUGGCAGUGGAUUAUUUCUCCAAGUGGGUAGAAGCCGAGGCCGUGUCAAAGAUUGACGAAGGAACGAUAGAACGGUUCAUCUGGCGAAACAUAUGUUGCCGAUAUGGAGUCCCUAGAAUCAUUGUAUCGGAUAAUGGAACCCAAUUCACAGGGCAGAGGAUCACCGAUUUCUGUGAUCGCAUGGACAUAACGCAACGCUUCGUUUCCGUAGCCCAUCCGCAAGAAAAUGGGCAGAUGGAGUUGGCAAAUAGAACAGUUUGUGAGGGGAUCAAGAAGCGGCUAAAUCAUAGCAGGGGCAAAUGGGUCGAGGAGCUAGAUACCGUACUUUGGGCUUAUCGCACCAGCCCAAAAACAGCAACUGGGGAGGCACCAUUCACUCUGGUAGCAGAGCUAGACCUAGUGGAAGCGCAGAGGGAUGAAGCCCAGGUCAGUGCAGCGAAAUACAAGAGCAUCAUCAAGGCCGGAUAUGACUAA